ACAAGGCUACCAAACACCUGAACACACCACGUUAUGAUACUGAACGCGACCUUUGACGCGCAGCUUCCGCCCCCUUAUUCCCUGCCACCAGAGCCGCUACUGAACAGGCACUCGCACUGAAUAUGCCGGGACUACUGCUCGGAGAUGUAUUUCCUGAUUUCGAGGCAGAGACCACCGCUGGCAAAAUUAAACUCCACGAAUUUCUCGGUGAUUCAUGGGGAAUCCUGUUUUCCCACCCCAGAGACUACACGCCUGUGUGCACCACAGAACUGGGUCGAGCUGCCAGACUGGCCAGUGAGUUCACUAAACGCAGUGUGAAAAUGAUUGGCCUGUCCAUCGACUGUCUGGAGGAUCACCACGGCUGGACCAAGGACAUCCUGGCAUACAACUGUGAGGAGUCUGCCUGCUGCUCGCUGCCCUUUCCCAUCAUAGCGGACAGUAAACGGGAGCUGGCAGUGGCCCUGGGCAUGCUGGACCCAGACGAGAAGGACAAAAAUGGCAUGCCGCUCACGGCCCGCUGUGUGUUUAUCAUUGGCCCAGACAAGAGGCUGAAACUGUCACUGCUCUACCCCGCCACCACAGGACGCAACUUUGAUGAGAUCCUGCGGGUGGUGGACUCGCUCCAGCUCACAACAGUGAAACGAGUGGCCACACCCGCCGACUGGCAGCCUGGAGACUGUGUGAUGGUUCCACCAAGCAUGCCUGAGGAGGAGGCUGCCUCCUUGUUCCCUGCUGGUGUGUACACCAAAGACCUGCCCUCAGGCAAGAAGUACCUGCGCUACACACCCCAGCCAUAAGCACAACACUGAACCUCAAUAUAGCAGGUCUCAAUGGUGCCCUGGUCGUCAAGGCCCUAAUUACUGCCAGCUUCUUCUUUAACAAGUAGAUAAACACCAGCAGGCAGAUGGAGAUUAAGCUCAGUGGCAUAAGAAGUAGGAUUUUUCUAGUAAAGACAUUUUAUAGAAGGUACAGCUUUAGUAAGGAAGGUUGCAGUUUUUAACCUACUUUUCUAAAUGGGAUUUUUUUUUCCCAAGAGGCUGUGGUUGAGAUGAAAGUAUAUAUUUAAUACUUAAAGAAUACAGUAUGGCAAAAGAAAUGUCUAGUUUGUAGCAUUAGUAACAAUAUUUCAAUCAAUUUCUUAUUUACACUAUUUUGUUUCCCCAUGUACCUAUUGUUUGUAGACCAAAGCAAGAGGAAGUGGUUUAAUACACCAGAUGAACUAAUGACUACACUGAACUACUAUUUCAUUGCUGGCCAUCAGCCUGUUAAGCUUCCCCAAACAAAGUUUAUAUUAUAUGUAGUAGAAGCAGCAGAACUGUCUGCUACCAAAUAACUGUAAUAACUUUGCUUUGGUUUUGCCAGCCAAAACUAAUGAAUUUAUACAAAGUCUAAUGGAUUUCCUGUACCUACACUCUAAUGUUGGACUGUAUGAUGUAAAAAUCUGACAAU